UCGGAGCGUGCCGAAUUUGGAAGCUCCCUUGGUAGUGCUGAAUAGCCUAUCCUGCAUCUAAACAGACUUUGAGUAACGAUUUCUACAUUUUGGAAUAUAAUUCGUAGACGAAUUUAAUGUUGUAAAGUAUGAUUAUACGUGCAAAAUGAGUUCAAACGGUUUAAAAGUGUUUAGAAAAAACAAUCCAUAUCCACAAGGGAUGCGAUGUCAGAAAUGUUUAGAAUUGGGACAUUGGAGUUAUGAGUGUAAAGGAAGAAGAAAAUAUUUACAUAGAUCUUCACGUACGUCACAACUGAAGAAAGCUUUAAAAAGUCAAGAAGAAACUAAUACUGAAGAACAGAAGAAGGAAGUAAAGAAGAGUCAUCAACAAAAAAAAAUGAAGAAGGAAUCUAGCAGUUCCAGUGAUACAAAUUCUAAUGCUGGAAGAAGCAGUUCAAGUAGCAGUAGUUCUAGUAGUAGUAAUGAUAGCAGCAGUAGUAGCUCAUCAUCGGACAGUGAAUCAGACUCGAGUGACAGUGUUUCCAGUAGUAGUAGUAGUUCUAGUAAUACCGGUAGUAAUAAUAACCGUUCUUAAAAAAAGUAAUAUCUAAGGUAUAUUU